AUGACGUCCGAAGACGACGAGUCUCACUCCUCCGCUGCCGAAGACGACGACGAGGAGGAGGAGAACAAAUCUCCCCCUGACGAGGGGAGAAAAAGGGGGACGGCCUCCACAAAUCUGGAGGCGGAGGCGCCCAAGAGAGGGAAACGCGCCCUCGCGGAUAACUCCGCGUGGGACAUCGACAACAGUCCGGAGCGACCCCCUCGGACCAAGCCCCGUGCUGCAUCGAAAGUACCAAAAAACUUGUGCACGUCCAUGUCUCAGCUUCAUGGGGCGUGGGGCCCUGCUGGCAGUGGCCCAGCUGGCCACUGGAGCGGGUUAGCGGGCAUCGGGCGCUGGGGCGUGGGCGCCCGUGAGGAACCGGGCGCGGCGACGCGGGCUGCGGCCGUGGCAGUUGCCGGCGACGGGGAGAGCAGGGGGCCGCGGCGGGACACAGGGCGCAGUGCGGAGGUGAGCUGGGCGAGCGGCCAGGGGAGGCGCAUGAGCGCGGGCCAUCAGCAGGCACAGCGGGGCCAGCGGGGCCGCGCGAUGGGGUGGCCGGGGCGCGGGCGGCCGUGGGCGCGGCCGGCGGGCAGAGCGGGGCUGCGGGCGCCUGGGCGUGGUCGCCCGCCCGAACGGCCACGGGAGAGGGGACACGCCAGGUCGCCGGUGCGGCGCCGGAGGUGGCCGCGGGCAACUGCGAGUGUGGGAGGGCGUGGUGGCGCGGCAGAGGAGGCGGCGCGGGGCGGCCGCGGUACAGGCGGGCGGCAGAGCGCCGGCGAGGCAGAGGCGGGGCGGAUGGGCAGGCGGGCAGGAGACCACGAGGUCUCGCGGCAGAAGCAGGAAAUGGCCAUCUCGGGCGAGAUGCAGUGCAGGCGCAGGGUGAUGCGGCGCGUCGGGACGGACCGGGGUAGUGGGGGGGCGUGGGGCCCCGCUGGCAGUGGCCCAGCUGGCCACUGGAGCGGGCUAGCGGGCAUCGGGCGCUGGGGCGUGGGCGCCCGCGAGGAACCGGGCGCGGCGACGCGGGCUGUGGCCGGGGCAGUUGCCGGCGAUGGGGAGAGUAGGGGGCCGCGGCGGGGCGCAGGGUGCAGUGCGGAGGUGAGCCGGGCGAGCGGCCAGGGGAGGCACACGAGCGCGGGCCAUCAGCAGGCGCAGCGGGGAAAGCGGGGCCGCGCGAUGGGGUGGCCGGGCGUGGUCACCCGCCCGAACGGCCACGGGAGAGGGGACGCGCCAGGUCGCCGGUGCGGCGCCGGAGGUGGCCGCUGGCAACUGCGGGUGUGGGAGGGCGUGGUGGCGCGGCAGAGGAGGCGGCGCGGGGCGGCCGCGUUUUAG